AUGAUUUGCAGUGCAAACAACGACAAGUUUCAACAGGAGAGGCGCAGCUACUCAAAUAUGGAAGAUAGUAGCCUACUAACCCUUAUGAGACGCCCUUUACCGCCUUUGGAAGCACCGAGUUCUUCCCCUUCCAACGCUCCUGUUCGUCCGGUGAUGUCGUUUGAGAUUCCGUUCGACGAUCCAAGGAUGGAACCUUUGCCCUUGAGACCUCAAUGUGAAGAUACCUAUGAUGAGUCUCCCAGGCAAUCAAUAUUUGAUUCGAUCUUCUGGACAGAGGAUUUUUCUGGCGCUUCCUUCAAGGAAGAAAUGAAGAUGUCAAAGAAUCACAAAAUCAGCCUUGGACAGCAGGGCCAGGUCAGAAUAGCAGAUUCCAGCAGAAGCUCCGAAGCCCCUUUCUUCAAUCAAAGCCAAUUCCUUUGCAAGCGCAAACGGACGAACGAGACACAGCCUGUUGAUAAAGAAGAAACUACAGCUCGAUUUCGUCCAUACCAAGAGAAGCAAUGGCGAGCUCAAUUCCAAAAGCUGAUCGAAUAUAGCAUGAAGAAUGGACACUGUUGCGUUCCUCAUUCCUACAAAGAAGAUCCUAUGCUUGCGAGAUGGGUCAAGCGACAAAGAUACCAAUACAAAAAGUUCAACGAUAACAAUCCUACAUCCACUAUGACCACUCGUCGCAUUGAAGACCUCGAAUCUAUUGGCUUUAUCUGGCACUCGCAUGCUUCCGCGUGGCAAGAAAAAGUCAAUGAUCUCAAGGCCUUCAAGCAACGAACGGGUCAUUGCAACGUCCCGUCUCACCAUCCAGAGAAUCCUGGGCUUUCCACUUGGGUAAAAUGUCAACGUCGCCAAUACAAAUUGUACAUCUCUGGGUCUUCUUGUUCGGAUGUGGCAACUCAUCGCUUCCAAAUAUUGGAAUCUUUGGGUUUCGUGUUUGAACCGCAACUUUCCAAACGAGGAGGGAUAGUUGAACAGGAUGCAACUAGUUCAAAGAAUCGAAAGAUUUAA